GGGUGGGUCAUGGUGAACUUUCUAUGUGUGUUCCCAACUCACACCAAUCCCCAAUCCCAGACAACCUGCAGGCAAUGAAUAUAGUACCACAGAUGUCAAAUUCGCCAAUCCCAGUCAAUCAGUCAAUGGACAUAUGCAUCAGAAAAUUAGAGGUGACUUUUGGCUUUGGUGGUGUUCUUUCUUUCAACUAAUUUUCUUGAAGUUGGAACUCCAGCAUUUGCGUGCCAUUAAAGCCACUGGCUCAUCCUCAUGUGGAGACCAGAAGCCCUCACAUGUUAAGUUGGAACCCUCACACGUUAAGUUGGAACAUGUGGUCAUCAAUUCUGAGGUAAUGGAAAGGCUAUCACAGUAGACAGCCAACACUUGGAACAGUCAACACAGAUAACAUGGAAGAGCAUAUGGGAUUCGGCAGUGGUG